CGAGAAACAGUGAGACGACUCAUUGACAGUGAACAAGCACCAUGCUGGCACGUUCUAUAGGAAGUUCUACAGCUCGUCUUCGGCUUACAAAUAGCAAAGACUUUGCGGGAGUUGACCGAGCGCGUCAAGUUGUACGAGAUUUUUCCUCUUGGCAACAACGUCAACAAGUCCGUUUUCAUUCGUUUGCUAGAAUCACACCCGGAUUAGUAUCCAGCAGCGAUCUAGUUGAAAACUCUUGCUGCAGAAGAAGUACCGAAAAUCCCCUAUUUCAACAGGUGCGGUGGAAAAGGAAAGACGGACACAAGGCUUUCGGUCGCGAGCGCCCGCCAACGAAGGCACAACGCAAACGCUAUAACCGGUCCUUGCAAGCAAAAGAAAGCAAGCAUGGAGUCCCGGGGAGUAAGGCAGGAAUACGGCGAGAGUGGGAAGCGGAACGAAGAGAAGAUAUAAUGAACCCCCCACCAGAUCUCCAGCUAGAUGACAUGGAGUAUGGAAUGGGAGACGCUAUGCUAGACGAUCUCAUGGGCAACACAGCAUAUUUGACGGCUCAAGAAACUCCCGAGCCGGCAUACCUUGGACAUCUCCACAAAAAGUUCUUUAGCCAAGCUGCUAACCGUAUGCAAACGUAUAAAGAUCAGCUGGAGCGAUUAAGCGACCCCAAUAGCGACACGAGCCAACUGGUGGCCGCGGACCGCGUGGAAAUGCCAAACGACAAAAACAUUUCUCUCGCGCUUCGUGCUUUUCGCGAUCGGUACGGCACCAAACGACAACCGAUAGGAAUGGUGAAAGCGUUGGAGCAUCUGGUGAAAGAUAUCGGUGUUCCUAUUACCGCUUUUGGCGAAAAUACCUACACAACUCUAAUGACGUGUAGCCGCAGUCCAGCCGAAGCUCGACGUAUCAUUGACUUGAUGAGAAAAGAGCAGCAUCCUGUCUCGUCGUACAGCUGGUCCAUUUUAGUAGAUACGUACGCAAAGGCUGGCGACUUUAAAGGCUGUGCAAAUGCACAACUCGAAAUGAUUAACGACGGUAUUCCUCCAACCUUGGUAUCCUUUACCUCCCUUCUCGCGGCUUGUGCCAAAGUUUGCAAUGACGGUCGCGUUGCGCAUAGUAUUCGAGCUCAGGCGGGAAAACUGGGCUGGGAAAAGUGGCAAGAAAUGCGUGUGGUGGGUGUUCAUCCGGAUGUGAUGGCCUACGGUGCUAUGCUAAAGCUCACGGCAGCUCGGGGACAUCCGGAACGUGCAAUUAAUAUUCUAGAAGAAAUGCAACAAAUGGAUGUCAAGCCCACAACCCUUUGUUUCAGCUAUGCUCUUCGAGCAGUCGCUAAGAGUCAUUCAACAUCCAUUCGCUACGAGCGAGGUGCAUCGCGAAAGAUGAAAAGACGGGAGUUUCUGACGCAUCACCACGGUAAGCUCGCGCGGUCGAUUGUACUUCUUGCCGAAAACGCUGAAGUCAAACAGGACCAGGGAUUUGUAUCAGCACUUAUAAUGUGUGCAGCUGCUGCCGGUGAUGUUGCUACUGCCAAGGCGAUUUAUAUUGCUAGCCAAAUCCGCCAAUUGGAUGAGCUUCGAACUAUUGGAUCUGAUCAGCAUCUGGCAAGACUGAGAGGAGAGGACAUCCAUCAAUAUGAGGGUGGCCUUUUGGAAGAUCCUUCUCUUUCGAAUACAAACUCUUCUCUCAGCUUGCCUCCUCAAAACAUGGGUCGUAAGUAUCCAAGUUUCGAAGAACGAGAAUAUGGGAAAGACUCGAGAGUUCUCUCUGCCAUUCUUCACGCCUGUGCAUGUGCUGUUGAUAAAAAUGGUAUCGGUGAUAUGUGGCAAGGUCGCGAAAACCAAGGGUAUUUGUGCGAAAAUUCUCUUCGGCUACUCAAGGCUCGACAGGUGCCAAAGUUUGUCGAUAAUUCUAUUCCUGGCCAAACGAGGACGGAUGCACUCAAGUGGGAAGGAGAGUAUCGGGAUGAGGACUAUCGCGGAAAAAAGCGGAGUCCUCGUAAAUUCCGAGGAGUCGAAGAAGACAUCGAAGCCGGAACGACUCUUGAUCAGGUUGACGGGGACAUUGCUCGUAUGUAUGAAGACAAAGAGGGCCGUUUGAAAAAGGAAUACCGAAGCACGUCAUUCGAGGACGUUUGGAAAUUGAAAUAUGGCGAGGAUUGGGCCAACGACAGCGGUACAAAAAGGAUCGAAGAAAGGCCGAUGUUCAACCUCGAGUCAGGUCUGACGUCAACAGGAACAGGAGACGCUUCUGUACGGGAUGACGGCACUAAUGAGAUCGAAGAACAAAUGUUCUUUGACAGAGAAUCCAUGCGAUGGACGACAAUACCAUUAAGCGAACGGACGAAAACGCGACCGUCUAGUGUAGAGAUUAAUUUACCUGCAGUUGAAGGUCCGCCGCCGGAGCAUGAAGAGAUGUAUUUUCAUAAAGAGACAUCUCGUUGGAUGACUCGUGCGGUUACGCCAUCGAACAUGACACCAGAAACUGAAAAAAACAUGUCGCAGGCUGUUAGCCCCUCAGAAUCGCGUGACGCACAGGAAGCUGUCGACUUCGACGACAGCAACGAGGACCUAUACUUCGACAAAGACGAGAGGCGUUGGAAAACGAGAAGCAGAGCAGACGCAGAGAACGCACGUCGAACCGCGUUUGAAAACCAGAUCCUUCAAGCGAAGAGCCAGCCAAACACGAAAAUGGCAGACAGAGAGAAGGUCGACACCGAAAAGACAGUUAAAAAAGGACACGAGUUUCAGAUCUUCUACAGCGAACUUCGAAAGGAAAUGCAAGAAAGUGGAGAGACGAUUGACGAUUUGACGGAGGAUGAAGCCUAUGAACUAUUCUUGUCUGCAGAAGAAGAAUACAACGAAAUGAUGGACAUGGAUCCAGACGAGUUUUCGACUUUGAUCGACGAGCUCGAUGACGAAGAAUUGGCUACCCUAUCUUCUAAAUCUUUGCCUGAGCCGGAAAGUGCUCUUUCUUCCAAUCUUGGAGCGGCUGAGAUCAAGUCAAAACAAGAGUUACAUGCUAAGAUUGAAGAACUAAAGGAUGAAUGGGACGAUAGCGAUGAUGCCCCGGAUGAUAUGUUCGAGCCAUCUUUCUCCCCCAGCUCAUAUAAGAGCGUCCAUAGCCAAUCUUCUCCUGUUCGCGAGAAGACAUUUCUGGAGGAACCAACGGUGACAACCACUCACGCUGCACAGGAACCUACCAUUUCUUCCGUGAGAGUGUUGGAUGCAGAAUAUGUUGAAAAGCCACUCACCGGACAAUCUCCUUCACCGAAAAAUGUUGGCCUUGAGCAAAUUGCUGGUGGUCGAGACGUUUUCCCCGGUGCGUUUCAGGAGCAUGCUGCAGCCACGGACGCGGAGAGUUUUACCAAGAUCGACGAGCAACUAGAGUUGCUCCGUGGCAUGCUUCCAGGGUUUUCCGACAAGAGACUAAGUAAGAUUCGAAAAGCCUUCCGCAGCUCGCUUGGCGACCCUUCUCUACUCGAGCUCACUUUAAUUGCACGGGAGCAAAUGCCUGAUUACAUCACCAAUAAUUGGCUCAAGCAUAUGAGCAGUUUGACCUCUCGCUACAUCAUGCAUAAGGCUGUUGAGGAAGAGAAAAUUGAUGUUCACGUGCUCAAUGCUGUCCUCGAGCUCGAUACGGCAGCUGGUAGCCUAGACCGGGCGUUGCAAUUUUAUGAGACCGAGUUUGCUAUCCGAAAUUUGGAGCCAACGGCAUACAGCGCCCGGCUUGUGAUACAAAUGUUUGUCAAAAAUAAAAGACUGCAACGUGCUUUGACGUUCAAGAACUCGAUUGAAAUGAGGGGAAGGACGCUUGACAUACUGUCAUACGGCGCCUUGAUAGACUAUUGCAGUCGCCAUGAACAACUGGGAUCGGCCCUACUGCUUUUAAAGGAGUGCCUUAGUAAGCACGAGGCGCCACCUGGCGAAGCCUACCUCAAGCAUGUCCGACUGCUGUGUCGUCAAGCCGACCUUAUUGAAGAAAUUGGCCUGGAAGAUAUGAUUGGCAAAGAUCCGAUCGAAUGGCUGAGGCACGGCGAGGCAAAUCUCAAGCGAGAUAUGUCUAAAAAAGGCCGCCGCGAUAUUAAUCUUGGGCGGAAUCGACUCAUGCAGCUUUAAACUAAAAAAAGUUACAGCUUU